ACCAAAUUGUGGGCCAUUAGAAUAUCUGUGUGCAAUCCACUCCAGUGGGGCCUACUGUCUUCAUCAGCUUCCGAUUUUUUAAUUUAAUCACUGAUUAUUUUGAAAAAUCGGUUUUAAGGCGGAUAAUUUUGAAUCCGUCUACGCUGAUCGCAUAGCCUUAAAUCGCGGCGGGUUGCCACCGAUUAGCGCUUAGGGGAGAUUCUUCGAUUGGGUUUCCAUUUUGAUCAUUCGUCACUGAGGCAAUAGACUACAGACGAAUUUGACUAGGGAACCAGUUUAGGGUUUGAUGCGUUGGCGAUGUUCAGUGAUCGGCGGAAGCGAGAUAUGGCUAAUCAUGGAGAAGGAAACAAGUACGCGUCUGUGAAUCUGAACAAGUCUUAUGGGUUUCAAUCUCAUCAUCAUCAGUAUAAUCAAUCUGGAGGUUAUGGGGCAAACCGGGGGAGAGGCGGUGGAGAAGGAAGUAUGAUGGUCCUUUCACGGCCAAGAAGCUCGCAGAACGCUGGCCAGAAGCUAUCUGUUCCACCACCCUUGAACUUACCUUCACUUCGUAAGGAGCAUGAGCGAGUUGAUUCAUCUGGUUCGAGCUUUCAUUCUGGUGGAGGAAUCUCUGGGAGUGGAGCUAGACCUGCAUCGUCUGGAAUGGGAUGGAGUAAGCCUGCCACUACUACAUCUGCUUUGCAAGACGGUGAUGGUGCCAAUCAUAGCGUUGAAGGUGUUACUAAGGGGAGUAAUGGGUUGAAUAUGCCCCUUGCUGAACCGUUGGUGCGGGCUUAUCGUCCUGUAGAGAAAGCUACUACUUUGAAGGGUGAAGAUUUUCCGUCGCUCAAGGCUUCUCUGCCUUCAACUUCUGUGUCCGGGCAGAAACAAAAGGAGCUUUUGAAUCAGAAACAGAAGCAAAGUGCAAGUGAAGAGAUUUCAAAAGAGCCGAGGAGUGUCUCUAGUAUCGGCAAUUCACUCGUAGACAUGAGACCUCAAAACCAGUUUGGGCUUAGCCGGCUUGGUAAUGAGCUCUCCGAGAGUCCAAUUUUUGCAGAUGGUUUGCAUUCAUUUGAACAUGUGAGGAAAAAAGAGUAUUUUCCAGGGCCAUUGCCUAUUGUUCGUUUGACCCCACGAUCUGAUUGGGCUGAUGAUGAGCGUGACACAAGUCAUGGCUUAAGAGACCGGGACAGGGAUCAUAGUUAUUCGAAGAAUGAACCAUAUUGGGAUAGGGGUUAUGAUCUUCAGAGACCUCAUGUCUUGCCCCAAAAGCAUGCUGCUCCUAAUCUUUUUGACAAAUCAGGACCGCGUGAAAGUGAUAUUGCUAAACCUUCCUCGACUCAAGUAAGACCAGUCAGUGGAGUAGGAAGGGAGGCAAAUGUUUGGAGAGUCUCUGCACCGCUCCAAAGUGAAAUUUCAACUAACAAUAAAAGUACGUAUGGGACAAGGCCGUCUAGUAGGGGCAGAGACGCUGUUAAGAAAAGUAACUACGUCUUGUCCGGAUCAAGGGAAAAUGUUUGGAAUAAUACUGGAGCUAGAGAGGUUCCAUAUCAACAGGGAGGAAGACAACCAUGGAAUAAUAAUAUGGAUAACUUCGGCAACAGGGGAGCUUUUACCCGGGAUGGGUUUGGAAUUGAUCAACAUAAUAGGGAUAAAUCCCCAUUCUUUAAGAGUGACAAAUCUCAUGUGGAAGAUCCUUUUAUGAAAGACUUUGGCGACUCUGGUUUUGAUGUCCAUGAUCCAUUCCCAGUACUUGGUGUUGCUAAGAAAAAGAAAGAGGCUUUUAAGCAAACGGAGUUUCGUGAUCCUGUCCGAGAGUCAUUUGAGGCUGAACUGGAGCGGGUUCAAAAGAUGCAGGAAGAAGAACGCAGGCGGAUCAUCGAGGAACAAGAAAGGGUGAUUGAACUAGCUCGGACAGAAGAAGAAGAGAGACUGCGUCUGGCUCACGAACAAGAUGAGCAGCAGAGAAAAUUAAAAGAAGAGGCCAGAGAAACUGCUUUCAGAAACGAGCAGGAGAGACUAGAGGCUGCAAGGAGGGUAGAAGAUUUGAGAAAGUCGAAAGAAGAAGAGAAACAUAAGUUGAUCAUGGAGGAAGAAAGGAGGAAGCAAGCUGCUAAGCAAAAGCUUCUCGAACUGGAAGAAAAGAUUUCCAGGAGACAGGCUGAAGCUGCCAAAGGUUGCAACAGUUCUUCAACUUUUUUAGAGGAUAAAUUCUUAGAUAUUGUUAAAGAGAAAGAAAUUGCAGAUGUUGUUGAUUGGGAAGACAGCGAAAGAAUGGUGGAUAGAAUUACUACGUCAUCAACUUCAGAUGUAUCAGUACCCACUAGAUCAUUUAAGAGCAAUGCGCCUCAAUUUUCUAGAGAUAGUUCUUUUGGGUUCCCUGAUAGACAAAAGUCAAGUUGGAGAAAAGAAGAUAUUGAGAGUGAAGGCAAUUCACGGUUUAUUCUGCAAAACAUGGAUAAUGUUCCACAUAGCCCACAAAGAGAUGCGGGUGGAGGUUUUCCCAAGGAAGAAUUCUUCGAGACAACUGGUUAUCUCAAUGCCAAUUCAUACUUCAAACCGGGAUUCCCAGAGCAUUCAGUUGAUCAGAGUUGGAGAAUACCUGGAGAUGGAAGACCCACAGGUAAGAAUUAUGGGAUGGAAUCUGAAUCUCGUGAAAGUUUUAGAGAGCAAUAUGGUGAUCCGAGAUGGGGACAAAGCCAAGGCCCUCCACGUUAUGGUCCCUACGGUCCUUAUCCUGAAAAGUUGUAUCAGAAUCCUGAGGGGGAUGACUAUUACCCUUUUGGAAGACCAAGGUAUUCAGUAAGGCAACCACGUGUUCUUCCCCCUCCUCAGGAGCCUAGGCAGAAGUCGGCUUUUAGGAGCGACGUUGAGAACCCUGGUUCCUCAUCUUCUGUUGGAGGGAUGAAGUAUAGCGAUUCUGAUGGGACUAAUUCGACUGUUCUAGCCAGUUAUAUAGGGGAUCUUCAAGAUCAUCAUAUGAGGUCGGGAAGUGGUGUAGGUAAUCAUCGGUUCGAUAACAAACUUACUGGAAGAUGUGACUCUCAGUCUUCACUUUCUGUUACCAGCCCACCUGAUUCUCCUAUUCAUCUCUCUCAUGAUGAUUUAGAUGAAUCAGCAGAUUCGUCUGUCUUAGCUGUUUCCAGAAAAGGAGAAGAUGCUAGUUUACUAGAUAAGGGGGGAGCGCCAAUUAUCUCUGGUGAUGCUGCAAAGGAUAGUUUGAUGAUUGCUACAAGCUCUGUAUCUUGUUGGGAUAAUGAAGAGUGGACUCUUGACAGUAAUGAACGGUUGCAGGAGCAAGAAGAAUACGAUGAAGUUGGAUAUCAAGAGGAGGAUAUAAUACAUGGGGUUGAUGAGAACAUAGAUCUUGCCCAAGAGUUGGAAGAAAUGCAUCUCCAAGAUAAAGAUUCUAACCUAGUCUUAGGCUUUAAUGAAGGAGUGGAGGUUGAAAUACACAGUGAUGACUUUGAAAAUCGUCAACUGAAUCCUGAACCAGCAUUUCCACUUCCUCAGCACUCUGUCACUUCUUUAGAUGGUGAAAGACCUUCUAUUGAGACCAGCCGUGGUGAACAAGCCGCCCAAUCUGUUCAAAUUUCUGAUCCAGUGAGCAGGCAUAAUACAUCUAAGAGUUUUCAGGAUACUGAAACCACAAUGGAAAACUUGAAAAUUCAGCCAAAUAGUGGUCGGCAGUCAUUUGAGUUGGCCAAUAAAGAGGGCUCCACGAGUAACUAUGUCGUUUCUACUCAUCCGGUCGCACUACCUCAUAGCAUUGGUCUGCAUCCAUCACCUCUUCAGACAGCUAUUCCACCUGUACCUUCUACUUCAAAACAGAUGGAGGAGCCUGUAAAAUUUCAGUUUGGUUUGUUUUCUGCUCCAUCGCUGAUACCUUCUCCUUUCCCUGCAAUACAAAUCGGUUCCAUCCAAAUGCCUCUUCCUCUUCAUCCCCAAUUUGGCUCUUCGCUUGCACAUUUUCAUCAGCCCCACUCUCCUAUCAUUCAGUUUGGUCAAGUACAAUAUCCAUCCCCAAUAUCCCAAGGGGUGUUGCCACCGCCACCUCAUUCAGAUGUUUUACAUCAAAGUCCUAGAUCUUUGGCAACUGUUCAGCUUGGUCAAGGAAAUUCAGCAAAUCUGGUUACUAGAAAUGCAACCUCUGUCUCAAAUCCUCAGAUCAAUGUGCUUAGGAGACCAAUCAAUGUUUCUGAUGGGGACAAACUAAAGAAUGCUAAUGUUUCUCCACCAAAAGCGAGCAUUGAGGUUGCUUUGCCACUUCAAGAGCAUGGGGAGUUGCCUGGUAGGUCGGAGUUACCUUCUCGAAAAACGAGUCAAGGAAAAUCAAAUUUAGCUGAAAGACAAUCAGGAUUCCAAGACCAAACUGAGACAACUGCACAUUCAUCAGGCACUGUUGAGGUUUCUCGGGCAGAUUCUGGGGUUCAUAGAAGAUAUCGACGUCAGAUGGUUGAAUUUAGAGUUCGAGAAUCAAACUGGCCAUCUUCUGAAGAGAAUCGAAAUGGCAAUGGAAGGGCACAAAAUUCCACAAGAAAUAGGAGUAAAAAGUAUGUUGUGUCCAACAAAUCCCAGAAACAAGCCUCAGAUAGUUCAGUGUCUGGUUCGAAUGUUGUGCACAAAACCAAUAUUGGGGGUUCAUCUGAGAGUAGACAUGGGAAAGAUAUUGUCGUGAAGAAUCCACUUGUUCCAAAUUUUGGACAGACAAAUCUUAAAAGGAAUAUAAUAUCUGAAAAAGAAAUUGAUGCACCUUUGCAGAGUGGAAUCGUUCGUGUCUUUGAGCAACAAGGCAUUGAAGCUCCUAGUGAUGAUGAUGAUUUUAUUGAGGUAAGAUCAAAAAGGCAAAUGCUUAAUGAUCGUCGGGAACAGAAGGAAAAAGAAAUCAAGGAAAAGUCUUUGGCAUCUAAGGCAUCCCGAAAAUCUCGUUCAACUUUGCAGAACAAUGUUGUUGUUGUCAAGUCCAAUAGAAACCCACCAAUUAGCCAAGUUGCAAACAACAAGCAGUUUAAUCAUGUCUUCAACAAACAGCUGUUAGCUCCAAUUGGCACACCUGCCCCAAAAGCAAAUUCCCAUGCUGAUGAAAAAUCUGGGAGCAGCAAGUCCCCUCAGGCAAGUAGGGCUCUUCCAUUUAAACCUCCAAAUGAUCAGAAUCCAGCGUCAAAUUUCGUAUCCAACAUUAAAAAUAAGGUUCUAGAUAAUACUCAAACGUCUGUGGGCACUUGGGGUAACCAACUCAACGAUAAGCCUGUUAUGGCCUUAACCCAAAGUCAGCUUGAUGAAGCCCUUAAAACCGUAUCUCAUCAUCAUACAUGUGUUUCUGUUGAGAGUGGUGCCAACCAAAUUAGUCGACCAAAUCCAAAAUCAGCAUAUGUUGUGCCAAAGAACAAUACUUUUCCAAGCGGUACAAGUCCAGUAAAAUCAUUGCUUGCUGAGGGCAAAAUCCAAUUUGGCGCAGUUACAUCUUCCACUGUUAUCCUUCCCAGUGGUGGGCGUGCAGAGCAGGAUAGCUCUUUAUAUUUUGAAAAGGAUAAUAAACAUCAAAAUCCAUCAUCUGCUGGCAUGGAGAUUUGUGAAGCAGAAGCAGAAGCUGCUGCUUCAGCGAUUGCUGUUGCAGCCAUAACUAAUGAUGAAACCGGUGGGAAUGCUUUGGGUACUGGCUCUGUAUUACCUGCUGAAACUAAAAUUUACGGAGGAACAAAAUUAGAUGAUAGAUCAGCAAGUGGCACUGUUGGUGGGCAGCCUAGUCUAUCAAAAGCUGAAGAGUCUCUCAUUGUUUCACUCCCAGCAGAUCUUUCAGUGGAUACCCCGAUCUCUCUGUGGCCACCAUUACCAAGUCCACUCAACUCAAACCAAAUGAUCACUCACUUUCCUCAAGGCCCUCCUCAUUUUCCUUUCUAUGAUGUGAACCCCAUGCUAAGAGGACCCAUCUUUGCUUUUGGCCCGCACCAUGACGCGGGAGCAAACCAAUCACAGUCCCAGAAAAGUCUAGGAACAGUAUCUGGUCCACCUACGACAUGGCAGCAGCAGGGUCAUUCAGGAGUAGAUUCCUUUUAUGCUCCUCCUACUGGUUUCACGGGUCCUUUCCUAACCCCACCUGGAGCUAUUCCUGGCGUUCAAGGUCCUCCUCACAUGCUUGUUUAUAACCAUUUUGCACCUGUUGGGCAGUAUGGAGGGUUGAGUUUCAUGGGCACAACUUACGUCCCAUCUGGAAAACAACCAGAUUGGAAACACAACCCAAUCGCGUCUUCUUCUCCGGUUGAAGGAGAUGGUGAUGUUAACAAUCCAAAUGUGGCUUCCAUGCAAUGUAACAUUGUGCCUGCGUCUCUUCAACACCUCCCUAUGCCUUCUCCUCUUGCCAUGUUCGAGCCAUCCCCUUUCCAGGCUUCUUCUCAGGAGAUGCCGGUUCGAGCACAAUGGCCUUACAUGCAAUUUUCGGGUCCUCCAACAAUGCAUAUUCAAAAACAGCAGGAAGCAGUAGAUGGCUAUAAUCUUCCUUCUUCUCAGUUCAACAACAACAUGCUUCCUCCUCCUACUAACAGAUACCCUAAUAUCCAAACAUCCACUGGCGCAGAUGCAAUGGUAGAUUCCUUGAACUCUCACGGUUCCACCACUUCUGCUUCACCGCCAAAGCCGACCACCACCUUGUCUGAUCCCAACACCAGCAAAACUCAGAAUCCAACUGGUCCUACCUUCAAGCCACAACAACAACAACAGCAACAGACCUCGCAGGAGAAGAACAUGCCGUCCCAGCAUGUUGGUGGGUCUAGCCACCACCAUCAACAUCAACACCAGCAUAACCGGAGGUCAAGCUUCCAUGGCAGAAACCAGCCCAUGGUUAGAAAGAGAGGCUUCCAAAACAACACAAAGGUGAAGCAAAUUUAUGUGGCUAAGCAGACUUCAAAUAGCAACGCUUCUGGUUCCUCCACCGCAACCACUUCCCCUUCAAUAUGAUCCCUUAUCAUCAUCAUCAUUAUCAUCCAGCCUUUUGCAGGAAGAAAGCUGGGAGAGGUCGAGUUGCUUGAAAGAUGGAGAAGAAGGAUUCCAAAGAAAGUGGCUAAGCGACAAGCAUAGAGAGUUUGGUGCCUCUGGGUGAGAGGAAGGCUUCAUAUCUAAAUAAACUAUAGUUGAUGCUGUCUUAUUAUCUGAACUAUGUUGUUUACUUCUGAACUACAGUGUAUUUAAUGUUGCCCGAAACAUUAAGGUUAAGUUAUGAAAUAAAUACACAUUAUCUAUCUCUUA